ACCUCCCUCUCUCUCUCUAUAUACUAUUACACUUAUAUAAUAAUAAUAAUAAUGACUGCACAAGAGAUCUCUGGCCUGAAUGGCGCAUCACAUGUUACUUCACCAACCGCUAUCAAUGGCGGCAACAACAACACCAACACCACCAACACCAACAACACCAACAACAAUAAUAAGCGUAUUUAUUUGAUUCGCCAUGGCCAGAGUACAUUCAAUGCUGCAUACCAACUACACAAGAAGGACCCAUUCCUGUUUGAUGCCAUGCUCACAGAGCUAGGAGAGCAGCAGGCCAAUUCACUGGCCGACCACGUUGCCAAACUUACAGAUAUCGAGCUGGUGGUGUCGUCGCCACUGAGUCGCGCACUCGACACUACACGACGUGGAUUCUCCAAGGCGAUCAAAGAGCGUGCGCUCAAGGUGGAGGUGAUCACACUGCACUCCGAGUACGUACAGACCAGCGAUGACACUGGCCGCGAGAGAUCCAUCGUCCAGAAAGAGUUUCCAGACUUUGACCUCUCUCACAUCCAAGAGCGCUGGUGGUAUCUGCCCGAGGAGCUCAAGCACGACAUGUCCAUCGAUACACAAGAGUACUUUAAGACAAUUGGAUACAAAGAGAACUUAGAUCAAUUACAGGCUAGGAUGGAUGAGUUCAAGGCAUGGCUGAUGGCACGUCAGGAGAACACUAUUGCGGUGGUUGGUCACUCUGAGUUCUUCUAUUAUCUGAUGGAGAAGAAGCUACCAUACUUUAAGAACUGCCAGAUAUUGCAAUGGGAUAUGAACACCAAUGAUGCCGUAUUCCUGAGU